GAACUUCCGCUAAAAACGGAAGUAGGUACGUGGCCGCUUCAGGCAGCUGACAUUCUGCAUGAUGGCGACAGAGGUUCAGAGCGCCGACCUCAACAAUGGCAGUUCUAGCCGGCUCGAAGUCUCCAUCGACGGCCUCACCCUCAGCCCCGACCCCGAGGGCGAGCAAGUCGCAGAACCUAACCAUGAUACCGGGGACCAGAGCGCCACCGACGAUACUGAAGAAGGCGAGUCUUCCAAAACCACGAUAGAGAGGAAAUGGGGCUUUGGUUUGCUGGAGCUAUACAGACUAGCCUUGAAAUUCUUCAAAGAUAAGGAUGGCAAGGCCUUCCACCCCACCUAUGAAGAGAAGCUUCGUCUGGUGGCCCUCCACAAGCAGGUGUUACUGGGUCCAUACAACCUCGACGCCUCUCCAGAGGUGGGCUUCUUUGACGUCCUGGGAAAUGACCGCAGGAAAGAGUGGGCUGCUCUGGGUAACAUGGAGAAGGAGGAGGCUAUGGUGGAGUUUGUCAAGCUGUUGAACAAAUGCUGUAAUUUAUUUGCACCCUAUGUCACCUCUCACCAAAUAGAGAAGGAUGAGCAGGAGAGGAAACGGAGGGAGGAGGAGGAACGACAGCGCCGCGAGGAUGAAGAGAGGGAGCGACAGAGGCAGGAGGAGGAGAGACAGAUGAUCGAAGAGGAGGAGAGGCUGAAGAGGGAGGAGGAGGAGAGGAGGCAGUUGGAGGAGGAGAGGCUACGGGUGGAGCAGCAGAAACAGCAGAUCAUGGCAGCACUGAAUGCCCAGACAGCGGUGCAGUUCCAGCAGUAUGCUGCCCAGCAGUACCCAGAGAGCCCUGAGCAGCAGCUGGGUCUCAUACACCAGCUACAGGAACAACACUACCAACAGUACAUGCAGCAGCUCUACCAGGUCCAGCUGGCACAACAACAGGCAGCCUUACAGAAGCAGCAGGAGGAUGCGGUGGUGAAGGCCACCCUGGAGGCCACUAGUGAGCCUGUAGCUGCAGCGCUCCCGGCUAGAGAGAAGGUCCCCUUGCUCAAUGGCCAGUCAGACUCCCACUCUGAGGGAACGGACAGAGAGCCAGAGCGCUUAGAGCCUGCUGAGGAGGCCACUGAGAAUGGGCCAAUAGGUACACACACACAAAGGCCAGCAGACUCUCCCCCGGUCAUAGCAGCCCCUUCCAUGUGGACGCGACCCCAGAUCAAGGACUUCAAGGAGAAGAUUCGGCAGGACGUGGACAGUGUGAUCACGGUGGGGCGUGGCGAGGUAGUGACAGUGCGAGUGCCCACCCACGAGGAGGGCUCCUACCUCUUCUGGGAGUUUGCCACGGACCACUACGAUAUCGGCUUCGGAGUCUUCUUUGAGUGGACAGAUGCCGCCAAUGCCUCGGUCAGUGUGCACGUCAGCGAGUCCAGCGACGAAGACGAGGAUGAGGAAGGUGAGCCCCCUAGUGAGGAGGAGAAGGCUAAGAAAGAGGCAGGGAAGCCGCAGGUGGAUGAGAUAGUGCCGGUGUAUCGGCGGGACUGUCACGAGGAGGUCUAUGCCGGCAGUCACCAAUACCCUGGCCGUGGGGUCUACCUUCUCAAGUUCGACAACUCUUACUCUCUUUGGAGGUCAAAAAGUGUCUACUACAGAGUCUACUACACCAGAUAAGCCUGGAGGGACUACAGGCGACGGGGAGUGUGUGUUUGAAGAGAGGAAGGGGGGGGGGUGAGAUUAUCUGUUCUGGACUAGAUCUCCAGAGGGCGAUGGAGUUGUCGGACUCCCGUUGGAGAUGGGACUCCUGUCUCUGUGUGUGUGUGUGUGUGUGCUUACACCUCAUUGGAGCCUGUGGAGUCCCGGAGGUAGUUAACCCUGUAGUGUGUUCACCACCUGUCGUCUUCUCGCUCUUAGAGAACAACUCUAGGACUUUCUUGUAUUUAAUGGCCAUCUUUCCUGCCCAAACAUCAUCUAACCCUAGUCUGCCCUGUCAUGUCAUUGUUAUGGCUGUGCUUCUCUGAGUGAGACACUCCUUAACCUGAGUUCAAAUUUAACACAACUGAAGUCCAUACAGGGUUGGGGUUUUGUCCAAUGAGAGAAGUCAUUGGUCAAACGGAGUCCAAACAUAGUGACACACUACACUACAGCACCAUGCCUUUAUACUCCAGAAGCCCUCAUAGACCACCACGGAGUAACACUAAAACACACUCAUCUGAACACAAUCAGUUACUCAAGUGGCAACGCUUCUAUUGCAAGAGCUACGCCCAAAUCCACAUCAACCCCUAGCUCCUACCAGCUACAUACUUCUGGAGGUCUGAGAGGGUUGGAUUUAAGACAUAAGCAAUAUUGCAGAAUUUCUAGUAUAGCCUGUCCUAGGCCAUGGUGGAGCUAUUAUCAUAUUGAUAUUAUCUAAGCAGUCCUUUCAGAUCGCCACAAGUGCAAACGGGGGAGGGGCUAGGGAUUCAUUUGUGAUUGUACACUGUUCUACUGAGCGAAGGAUGAUGAAGAGCAAGGGGUUAGAAGGGGUAUAGAGUUGGAAGAGGGAUAUGACAUGUACAUGGAAAAGUUCGGUAUCUCAAAAUGGAAUGCUGAAAAAAGCGAGAUUGUGUCUAAAAGCAUUUAAUUCAUAUUUAUUAUUCACCCUUUCUUGUAGUGUAGGAUCAUUUUUGUCUCUGUAUAAUAUUUGGGUGUAUUUCAUCUCCAAACAGUGGCCUCCCUGCUUCAGGAGACAUGUCUCUUUAGUCUUUUAUAGAUGCUUCCUUUCCUUCAUGGCCACUGAUCUCAAAGGACAUGAGAGGUGAAAAUGAUAAGGAUGGAAACUUACCCAUCUUUCCCUAUCAGUGGCUAUGGAGGACAGGGGACAAGGAAAGGAAUCCAGUAAGGCGUAUUGGGACACCCCCAUGUCUGUUCUGAAGGAGACUGGGCAUUGUCAUCUAUUGAUCACUCCUGUGUGUGUUGAGUUUGUCCAUAGACUGGAGAUGCUAAUCCUAUUUCAUACAUACGAACUGCCGGCUAAUAACUUAGAGGGAAUCAUCAGUUGAAACAAUAACAAAUUGAAAUCCCCACCCCUGUUUCAGUAAAAAGCUGAGGGAUAGGGCUGGAGAAAGGUAACCACUCUCAAAUUCAUUGACAGAGCUAUGGAUGCAAGGACUGACCAUCCAUGAUUACAAUUCUAGUUUUAACCAUAUAUAGUACUUGUUUACAUUUACUUUGUUUACCAACAUUGGAGUGAAACAAGCUUAUAUUUGAAGUUCUGAUGGGUUAUGACAGUUGAACUGAAGUCAUGAAGAAUUUAACUUGGAAAUGUCUCAAGAAUCAAUGGGAAUAUUUCAUUCAUUCAGAAGUCCGAAAAGGGAUGAUUCAACUGCACAUUCCCCUUUAAGAUGAGUUUUACUGUGACCUCUCUCGAGCAUUUGAUCUUUCUGUCCUAAUUGAUGGAUUGAUUACGUUUUUUUUUUCAUCCUCAAAUAGGACUGUCUGCUAUCGCUAAUAAACUGAGAUGAUCACGUCUA